ACAAGUCUGCGUAUUAAGCUCUCUUUUUCCGAAGAAACAGCUGCUGAGCUCUGUGAACAAAUUCAGCAGUGUCAAGCUGAGUACCGGGAAAUUGCUUCUGAACUUGAUGAACAGAGAUCUGUAAAUAUGGGGCUAGAAGAAAAAAACGUUCAACUGAAUAACAUCAUAGAAGUUGCCAAACAAGACAUAAUUGAUAAAGUGUCACAAGUAAAAGCAGUGCAGACCAAAUUAGGUGAGUUAUACAAACGUCACUUAGAGUCCUACGCUAUCGACACUGACUUAGUCAAUGUAAAGGAUUCCUCAGGCUCUGAGGAAGGUGAACCGGAGAGAUCUCAAAUUAGUUCUGCAUGCAUUCAGUCACAGACUGCUUCUAUAUCAGAUCUCGCACAGGACCGCUCCUUUUACUACAGUCUCGAAAGGAUUUGGGAAGUAUGCAAAAGUCUUAUUGAUGUUUCCUCCCAAAAAAGUCAGCGGAUUGAAGCAGUGCUUCAAGAUGUUGAAAGCCUAAAGAAGGGACUGAAAGAUGCUGAAAAUUAUAAUAAUCGACUUGAAAUGAAGCUGAGUGAGGUUGCAAAUCCAGGGAGUCAGAAAGAAGAUCUGAUGAAUCAGUUGCAAGAGCAAAUAGAAAAGAAAACUCGGGACUUUGAAAAAAAGGCUGCAGAAGAUCACAGAGUAAUUGCACAAUUUGAGGAGGAAGUUGCCAACUGUGAGGUAAAAAUAAGAGAGCUUGAAUGUCUCCUGGAGGCUUUCAGAACAAAGGAAGACAGCGUGACAAAACUCAAAGAGUUACUUAAGGAAAAG